AUCGCUUCGACGACCACGACACAUCUAUGCUACCCAACCGGAGGUAAACUCGGCAGAUAGAACCGUAGAACGAUGAUGAUGUCUACCCCCGAAGAUACAUGGGUCAAUGUUACCUGGAUGCCGCAUGCGUCGCUGGCGCAAACGUCCCAUGUUAGCUUGCUGGUACGGUCAUCUCAUGCUUCACUGAACAACCGAUUGUUUGACAGACAAAAACCAAAAGAGUGGAAGAUCCGAACAACGGUCCAUGGUGCUGGCGGCAUUCCGUUGGUAGCCAUCUCAUCUACCACUCCCAGUGCGCAUGUGUUUUUGCGACAGAAAUCAGAGACAGGCGUGGUACCCAAGCCACCCUCUGUGGCAGAAGCAAGUCAUGAUUGUAUCUGGAAUCAUGUCGUCCAAGUACCCGUGCGAUGGCGAGAUUUGCCGCGAGAUGCCUACCUAUUGUUCGAAAUGAUUGAUCACACGGGACAACGUCUCAGCCAGGCGAAAAUGCAGUUCUUUUCCCAACAUGGCAGAUUGUCCACCGGCUUGAUUCUGCUGGAUAUGGUGGAAGAUCCGUCCCAUCAAAGCAACAACAGCACUACUACUAAUAUCCCAACCGAGUCGUCAGAUCACGAAGAAGAUGCUGUUUGGAAGGCAUCCAUGAUGCUAGAUAAAUUGGAAAGUUUAGAAUCCUCACGGUCAGGAUCACUGGCAGCCACAGCAGCCGAUAAUCGCAAAGUUUUUGGCCGUGUGCAAAGCACUUCCUGGUUGGAUGCCAUCAGCAAAGAAUACUGCCACACUGUGAUUGCCUCGGCUUCCAAAACAACAAACAGUGCCUGUGACAACAACUCGGCAGCGAAAUGGAAAUUGAUUGUGGAGUUUCCAGUCUUUGAUGUACCCGUCAUGCACGAGGAGAGUUUCUAUCCAGUACCGCAACAAUCCGCAUCCGGUGCCGUGUCAGCGCUGGACUUGUCUCUCUAUCGAAAAAGUGUUGCAGCUGCACCUGACAAUAACGAAACAAAAACACAGUUUCAUCCGUUGCAACUUGUCAACUAUGUGGAUUAUGAAAAUGAAAUGGACAAUCCUGUCGAAGACAAGUAUCGCACUCUGGCACAUGAUUUGCUGCGGGGAUUGGUGGAUCCAGCACUCAAACCAGACCGAGAACAACGGGAUCGAUUGGCAACCAUCAUUGCUUCACCGUCCCAUCACCCGACACGAGAAGAAAAGGAUCUACUCUGGAGAUUCCGAUUCAGUUUGGUGGACAAUCAGCGAGCACUCACCAAAUUCUUGUUGGCUGUGGACUGGACCGUAGAAAGUGAAGUGGUGCAAGCGGCAGAACUUUUGGAGCAGUGGAGGCGACUGGAUAUCCCAGAUGCGCUCAAGUUGCUCGGCAAGCAUGUGGCCUUCCAAACAAACCUCGUCAGGACAUAUGCCAUUGAUACAUUGGCCACGGCUCCAGAUGUGGAGCUACGACUUUAUUUGCUGCAGCUGGUUCAAGCGCUCAAGUACGAAACCAACAUGAGAACACCCACAACAGGUCGAAAAGGGGGUGCUGCCGAAAACAACAACAAUUCAUCUUCCAAGAUUUCUUCCCUGGCAUCAUUCUUGAUUGGACGUGCUGCUGGAAACUUGCAGCUCGCGAAUUAUCUAUAUUGGUAUUUGAAGGUUGAGCUCAAGGAUCCUACGCACGGGGCCAGAUAUCAAGAAGUCUUCUCAGCUUUAAAGGCAAGAUUGUCAGAAACCUAUGCAUCGCAUUCCGCUGCCAAUACAGAAAUGCUGGGUUCGUCCUCAGGAGGAGGCGGUGAUUCCAAAUCAUCGUCCAAAUUCAAGGCAAUUGUUAGUUCUGUCUCAUCCACAGUGUCCUCCAAGCUUGGAUCGUCCCUGCGGGGAUCAUCAGAGAGUGGGCCGGGUGGAGAUCGAUCCAAAAAGCAUGCACAACCUAGGACAUAUUGGGACAUUCUUGUGGAACAAGAUGAGUUCAUUAGUGGACUAAUGGCUCUUCAAAUGAAGUGCCGCGAUGUUAGAGGGAAGAAAGAUGUCAAAGAAGCACAGUUGCAGUCUCUUCUGUCCUCUGAAGGCUACGAUAGGAACCCCCAUCGAGACCCCGUUCCAUUGCCAUCAGCGCCGCAUGUCUUUGUGAACGGAGUCAAACCAGACACUGCGAAAAUGUUCAAAUCGGCCUUGUAUCCAGCCCUGGUUGAUUUCCACGUUGAAACAACUCUCCCGAUGAUUGGAGAAGCCGAUCUUGGAGGUGCUCCUGCUAGCAAUACACCUUCGUCGGCACGUGGAAGCCCCAACAACAUUGGAACUUUGGAUCACCUUUCCCAUUUCAAAGUGAUUGUCAAGACAGGCGAUGACUUGCGACAGGAUCAACUGGUUAUUAUGCUGGUUCAGCUGAUGGAUGGGCUGCUGAAACGAGCAGCUCUGAACCUCUGUCUCUCGCCAUAUAGUAUCAUUGCAAUGUCACCCACCUCUGGCUUGGUUGAAUUUGUGGACGGGUCCAUGCCAAUCUCUCAAGUCUUAUCCAAAUACGGGUCCGUUCUGCAAUUCUUUCAAGAGAUUGCUCCCCAAAAGGGUGCAAAGUACGAUGUCAGACCUGAUGUGAUGUCUACCUAUCUGCGCUCUGUUGCCGGCUAUUGCGUCAUCACAUAUCUGCUUGCUGUGGGAGACAGACACUUGGACAACAUUUUGUUGGACUCAUCGGGACAUUUCUUUCACAUUGACUUUGGCUUCAUCCUUGGUCGGGAUCCCAAGCCACUUCCACCCGCUUUCCGCUUAACUCGCGAGAUGGUCGAGGGAAUGGGAGGCUUGGAAUCGAGCGAAUAUCGGCAGUUCUGUUCUUUGGCAUGCCAAGCUUUCAACGCACUUCGAAAGAGUGCAGGGCUCAUUUUGAAUCUGCUACAUCUCAUGAGUGAUGCGGGCAUUGAAGACUUGUCCAACAACCCUUCUGCGGAUGCCGAAGGUGUAAUUGCAAAGGUAGAAGAGCGGUUCCGUCUGGAGCUGACGGAUGAACAAGCAGAACGCUUCUUCAUUGGACAGAUCAACGAUUGUUUGUCUGCUCUCGCCCCUCGAGUGAUGGACGUCUUGCAUUCAUUGGCGGUAGCUCGUCGUUGACGCUCUAGCUGCAGCUCCUAUUCCCUAUACAUUAAAUCUAUCAUUAGUGCAAUGUCCCAUUUUAAAGAGCCCAGCCAUAUAGCUGCCGAAACCUCUCACGGUAGGGCUCUGGCUUUGGGCACCUUUCAAACGAACUAGUAUCAUCUUUAUUG